AUGUUACGCUUAGUGAUGCUGCUUGUGGGGCUCCGUGGCUUGCUAGCGUCAGGACCCGGUUCUCAAAAUUCGUUUCUACAGAUCGUAUUUCCAGAGAAAAUUCAAGCAAAUACAAGUGAUAAUUCAGAAGCAGAAAAUGAACAGAUAUCCUAUAUUAUUCCAAUAGAUGAGAAACCAUACACUGUACACCUUAAACAAAGAUUUUUUUUAGCAGAUAAUUUUAUGGUUUAUUUGUAUAAUCAAGGAUCUGUGAAUUCUCAUUCUUCAAAUAUUCAGACUCAAUGCUACCACCAAGGAUAUAUUGAAGGAUAUCCGAAUUCCAUUGUCACACUCAGCACGUGCUCUGGACUGAGAGGAAUACUGCAAUUUGAAAAUGUUUCUUAUGGAAUUGAGCCUCUGGAAGCUGCAGUUGAUUUUCAGCAUAUUCUUUAUGAAUUAAGGAAUGAAAACAAUGAAUUUGCUGUUCUUACUGAAAAUAACCAUGACACAGAAAAAAACCCAAUGGACUAUGACAUUUUUAUAAAUGAAAAAUCAGAACCAGCCGUUUCAGACUUAAUUCCUCUUUAUCUAGAAAUGCAUAUUGUGGUGGACAAAGUUUUGUAUGAUUACUUGGGCUCUGAUAGCAUGAUAGUAACAAAUAAAGUCAUUGAUAUUAUUGGCCUUGUAAAUUCAGUGUUUGCCCAAUUUAAAGUUACUAUUGUGUUGUCAUCAUUGGAGUUGUGGUCAGAUAUAAAUAAAAUUUCUACAGUUGGUGAGGCAGACGAAUUAUUGCAUAGAUUUUUAAAAUGGAAAAAGUCUUAUCUUACCCUAAGGCCUCAUGAUAUUGCAUAUCUAUUCAUCUAUAGAGAUUAUCCAGAUUUUGUGGGAGCAACCUUUCCUGGCAAGAUGUGUGUUCCUCAUUAUUCUGCAGGAAUUGCUUUGUAUCCCAAGGAGAUAACUUUGGAGGCGUUUUCAGUAAUCAUCACCCAGAUGCUGGGACUCAGUCUAGGAAUAUCAUACGAUGACCCAAAGAAAUGUCACUGUUCAGGAGCCAUCUGUAUAAUGAAUCCAGAAGCAAUGCAAUCCAGUGGUGUGAAGACUUUUAGCAAUUGCAGUUUGAGUGACUUUGAAAAAUUCAUUUCAAAUAUGGGUGCCAAAUGUCUUCAGAAUAAGCCACAAAUGCAAAGGGCUCCAGCAGCAAUCUGUGGCAAUGGCAAAGUGGAGAGCGGUGAAAUCUGUGACUGUGGUACUGAGGAACAAUGUGGACCUGAUAGCUGUUGUAAUCCUAAAACUUGUGUGCUGAAUCAAGGAUCACAAUGUGAUAGAGGAUUAUGCUGCAAGGGUUGUAAAUUUCUAAGUGCAGGUUCAGAAUGUAGGCCCAUUGUGCAUCCUGAUUGUGAUCUUCCUGAAUUUUGCAAUGGAAGCUCAGGAGCCUGUGAUCCUGAUAUAACUAUACACAAUGGACGUGUAUGUAAAAGAGAUUUUAUCUGUUAUGAUGGAGAAUGCCAUGAUCUUGAUGCACGUUGUGAAUCCAUAUUUGGAAAAGGUUCAAAAAAUGCUCCAUUUGCUUGCUAUGAAGAAAUACAAUCUCAAGGUGAUAGAUUUGGAAACUGUGGUCAGGAAAGAGGCAACUAUAAAAUAUGUACAUGGAAUAAACUUGCAUGUGGAAGAUUAGUUUGUACCUACCCUUUUCGAUCUCCUUUCCAUCGAGAAAAUGUUGCUGUGAUUUAUGCAUAUGUACGAGAUGUUGUAUGUAUAACUUUAGACUACAGUCUUCAUGGCUCACUUAGAGAUCCAAUGGUGGUCCGUAAUGGCUCUGUAUGCGAUGUUGGGAGGGUUUGUAUAAAUGGUGAAUGUGUAGAAUCGAGGAUACCUAUAAGUGAAUUCUUUACUUGUUCAGAAAAAUGCAAUGGAAAUGGAGUGUGUACUUCCAAGUUGAAUUGUCAUUGUUCUCAGGGAUUCCAACCUCCAAAUUGCCAGCAGAGUAGCAGAGAAACUUCUGUAUUGCUUGAAAAACCAGGUUUAAUCAUGGAAAGAACUUUUUGGAAGGCUGAAAAGAACCGGUGGCUUCUGGGUUUCUAUAUUGCUUUACCUGUUCUCAUUAUAACAAUCGUAAUAGCUAUUUCAUGGAAUCGUUUGAAAAAGUGGUUCACCAAAGAAGAGGAAUCCCUAAGUAGUGGAUCAGAAGGCAGCAGUCACACAUAUACCACAAGAUCCAGAUCAGAAAGCAGCAGCUACACAGAUACUGUCAGAUCCAAGUCAGAAAGUAGUGCCCAAACAUAUACUAGCAGUUGCUUCGACAACCCCAAAGGCAAACCCCAAGUUUUGCCCUUGAAACCUCAAGCCAGAAAGCUCCCACUUUCUGCCACCUGA